AUGGGGACCAGUGGCUCCUUGAUGUUCCUCCUCCUGUUGAUGCCGGUGAAAGUCCAGGAGAGUUCUGAUUUCCAUCUGGCCGGGGAUUACCUCCUGGGGGGAUUGUUCACCCUCCACGCCAAUGUCAAGGGCACGACUCAUCUCAAUUACAUGCAGGUGCCCCAGUGCAAAGACUAUGAAGUCAAGGUGCUCGGCUACAAUCUGAUGCAGGCCAUGCGCUUCGCCGUGGAGGAGAUCAACAACGACAGCAGAUUGCUGCCGGGGCUGUUGCUGGGCUAUGAGAUGGUGGACGUGUGCUAUGUCACCAACAACAUCCAACCCAUCCUCUACUUCCUGGCCAAGGAGGACUUCAAUCUGCCCAUCCAGCAAGACUACAGCAGCUACGUCCCCCGAGUGGUGGCCGUCAUUGGGCCCGACACCUCAGAGUCUGUCGUCACUGUCAGCAACCUCCUUUCCCUCUUCCUCCUCCCACAGAUCAGCUACAGCGCUAUCAGUAAUGAGCUUCAGGACACCAGUCGGUACCCAGCUUUAUUCCGCACCAUCCCCAGGGGCGACCACCAGGUUGAGGCCAUGGUUCAGCUGCUGGUCCACUUCAGCUGGAACUGGGUGAUCAUCAUCAUGAGCAGUGAUGACUAUGGUCGGGAGAAUGGCCAACUCCUCAAUGAGAAGCUGGCAGGGCAUGAAAUCUGUAUUGCCUUCCAGGAAUCACUCCCCGUCCCCUUGGGCAAUCGGACCAUCAUGCCCCAGGAGAAGAAAAAGCUAGAGAUCAUCGUGGAGAAGAUCCGGAACAGUACAGCCAAAGUGGUGGUCGUGCUGUCCCUGGACCUGGCCCUCUUUGACUUCUUUCAGGAGGUUAUCCAUCAGAACUUCACAGGCACUGUGUGGAUCGCCUCAGAGUCCUGGUCCAUUGACCCAGUCAUCCACAGCAUCUCCGACAUCCAGCAAGCUGGCACCUUCCUGGGCGUCACCAACCAGAUUGUUCCCAUCCCAGGCUUCAGCGACUUUAGGGUCAGGCAGACCGAUAUCAAGAAGUCCAUGAUGAACAGCUCAGAGCCCACAUGCAACCAGGAGUGUGAGACCUGCCUGGAAACCACAAAAUCCUAUAGCACCAUCCUCACACUGUCUGGGGAGCGCGUGGUCUACAAUGUCUACUCAGCCGUCUAUGCUGUGGCCCACGCCUUGCACCACCUGCUUGGCUGCAAUGACACCAGCUGUUCCAAGGAUGUGGUAUAUCCAUGGAAGUUGCUCCAGGAAAUUCGGAAGGUGAACUUCACCCUCUUGGGCCACAGAAUGUUCUUUGACAAGAAUGGGGAUCCACCCAUGGACUUAGAUAUUGUUCAGUGGCAAUGGGGGGAAGAUCAAAACCCCUUCCGGAGCGUCGCCUUCUACAAUUCAACCCUGGGGAAGUUGCAGAACAUAACCACCAUCAACUGGAACACUCCCAACAAUAUGACUCCUUCCUCCGUCUGCUCCAAGAACUGUCAGAAGGGUCAGUACAAGAAGCCAGUGGGUCUGCAUAUCUGCUGCUUUGAGUGUAUCAACUGUUCUCCUGGGACCUACCUCAAUCAGACUGCAGAUGAUUCUGUAUGCCAGCCCUGCCCCCAGUUUGAGUGGUCCAAGGAGGGGGAGGUCCAAUGCUUCAAGAGGCGCCUGCAGUUCCUGGAGUGGCGAGAGCCGUCCACCAUCAUUGUCGUCAUCCUUGCCUUCCUGGGCUUGCUCAGUACCCUGGCCAUUCUCAUCAUCUUCUGGAUCCACUUCCAGACGCCCAUGGUGCGUUCAGCCGGGGGUCGGAUGUGCUUCCUCAUGCUGACGCCGUUGCUGGUGGCCUAUGCCUCGGUGCCCGUCUACAUCGGGCGACCCACUGUCUUCACCUGCCUCUGUCGCCAGACCCUCUUCACCCUCUGCUUUACAGUCUGUAUCGCCUGCAUCACCGUCCGAUCCUUCCAAAUCGUCUGCAUCUUCAAGAUGGCGAGCCGGCUGCCUCGCGCCUACAGCUACUGGGUCAAGUACAAUGGGCCCUACGUCUUUGUGGUGCUCAUCACCUUGCUCAAGGUGGUCAUCGUGAUGGCCAAUAUCUUGGUCACACCCACCAACCUCACCAUCCGAUAUGACCCUGACGAUGCCCGCAUAAUGAUUCUCAACUGCAACACCAACUACCGAAAGGCCCUCUUGCUCAACACUAGCUUGGACCUCGUCCUCUCUGUCUUUGGCUUCAGUUUUUCCUACAUGGGCAAAGAGCUACCAACCAAUUACAACGAAGCCAAGUUCAUCACGCUCAGCAUGACCUUCUACUUCAUCUCCUCUGUCUUCCUGUGCACCUUCAUGUCCAUCUACCAGGGGGUUCUGGUCACCAUCUUUGAUGUAGCUGUCACAGUGAUCAACUUGCUUGGCAUCAGCAUGGGGUAUUUUGGCCCAAAGUGUUAUAUGAUUCUUUUCUACCCUGAGCGUAACACGAUGGCCUAUUUCAAUAGCGUGAUUCAGGGCUAUACCAUGAGGAAGGAUUAG